UAAUGUGAAUCGUGACGUCGAAAAAUAUUUUCGCCUUAUUAAUAUAGGUAGUUUAUCUAUACUUAUCAACCGAGUCGCGAAAGCCAUAGGAAUGGUGAAGUAAGGUAAACAGUUGCAUCAACCAAAUAAAAAUGAUAAAAUCAGCGAGUAUUUUAUUGAUGACAAUAUUUCUAGUCAAUGGUGUUCAUUCAGUCACACAAGCAGAGCACAUCGAUAAAAUACUCAAAAAUUUGAAAAUCAAUCCCGAAGUGUUGUGGUGGAGUCCUAAAUUAUUUGCUAAUGUAACAUUUCCAAGCGGAGCUUCAGCUCAUUUAGGAAAUGGUAUUAAGCUAGCCGAUGUCCAACAGAAACCUCAGGUAAACUGGCCUUGCCACGAGAAGAAGCUUUACACAAUGAUAUUUACUGAUAUCGACUACUUAAUCGACACAGUGCCAAUUGUACGAGAAUAUCAGGCAUGGUUUGUACAUGAUAUCCCAGGAGACGACAUAGAAAAAGGAAAAGAAGUGCUGGAAUAUUAUCCCCCGGAAUUUCUCAAACAAGGGCCUCAUCGUAUUGUAGUCACUGUUUUUCAACAAGUCAGACCGAUAAAUAUCACCAAAACUCCAUUUCCAGGUCAGCAACGUCACAAAUUUUGCGUAUUUGAUAUCAUGUGGGUGUUUAAUGGGUAUCUUCACGCAGUCAAUCUUUAUUUUGUGGAGCCAUGAUGAAUCAAUACGAAAUGAGAAAGUAUUGAGUACUGUCCUGAUAUCCAAUAUAGGUCCAAUUAUUUCCAAGCAGCAACAACAACAACAACAACAAAAAUGACACAAACCACGUCGUUUCGUAUUUUGUAUCAAUUCAUUUAUCAUUAAAAUUUCAAUAACUUUGUUUUUAAUA